CAAGUCAGAGCAGUUAGAAAGAGAGCAAUCAGGCUGCUGCUGGGGAAGCAACCACUCCUGCAAUGCAUUCUCCCGACUUGUUCCAUCAUCGCAAAUAAAGAAGCUCAUCGUCUUCAAACAACUCCCCUGCAUUUCCAGGUAUAAAUCUGCUCCUAUCUUGCACUCCAGCACCAAUCGCAGCACCAGCAAUCCUUGGACAAUUCAGCAGCAACCAUGAGCGAGCCCGCCACCGUGAUCCACAUGGACGACGGCAAGGCCCCGGUUGCAGCACCAGCAGCAGCGUCCUCCUACGCCACAGCUCCAGCUCACGCCACCAGCACGACUAGUAGUGCUGCGCCGCGCAUGACCCGCAAUGGUCUCCCGUUUCUCCUGCGCUCCGGCGCCGAUGGCUUCCGGCGCUGCCUGGCCGUCAUCGACUUCUUGCUCAGGGUGGCCGCCUUCGGUCCCACGCUGGCGGCAGCCAUCUCGACGGGCACGGCCGACGAGAGGCUGUCCGUGUUCACGCAGUUCUUCCAGUUCCACGCAAGAUUCGACGACUUCCCGGCGUUCACGUUCUUCAUGGUGGGCAACGCGAUCGCGGCGGGGUACCUGGUGCUGUCGCUGCCCUUCUCCGUCGUGGGCAUCCUCCGGCCCAAGGCCACCGGCGUGAGGCUGUUCCUGCUCGUCUGCGACGUGGUGAUGAUGUUGCUGCUGACGGCGGCCGGUGCUGCUGCGGCGGCUAUAGUGUACGUGGCGCACUGGGGGAACCGGCGCGCCAACUGGGUGCCCAUCUGCAUGCAGUUCCACGGCUUCUGCCAGCGCACCAGCGGCGCCGUCGUGGCCACCUUCCUCGCCGUCCUCGUCUUCAUCGUGCUCAUCCUCAUGGCUGCAUGUGCCAUCCGGAGGCGCCUGCAUUGAACAGAGAUUGCUUUGCUUCGGGCGUUUAUAUAUCUUUGAGUGGAUUCUUGUUUUCAAUUCCAUCGGUGUGCUAGCUGUGUUCGAGAUGCGCUAGCUUGUGAUUUCUCUCAUUCAAGAAUGCUGGUUAUUACUUAUCACUUCACUUCACUUGUGUCAUGCAUGUAAGAAGGUAACGUGGGCAAUAUAAUGUA